CGCCCCGCCCGCCGCGGGGCCGCGCCCUCCGCCGCAAAGAGCGAGUGACCGUGAGCAACGGCUUCCUCUCUUCCACUCAGGAGAAAGCGCUAUGCUUCUAGCCUGACCCCAUCGAGGCGCGAGUGCUCUGCGAGGCCAAGACUGUCGAUGUUUUUGUUGGGAAAGACGAAAAGCGCAGAAAGAUCCCAGAAUAUCUGAUCCACUUUAAUGGCUGGAACAGAAGUUGGGAUAGAUGAGCAGCUGAGGAUCAUGUCCUUCGUGACGCCGAUGAAAAUCGGAGAUCACAGCGGAAAUUGGCUAAAAAGGCUGUAGCUCGCCUGAGAGGCACAGGAAGAAAGAGGAAGAGCGCCCGGUUGCCUGGGGUGGACUCUGUCUUAAAAAGCCUCCCUGCUGACGAGAAAGAUGAAAACUCAAUAAGCAGUUCCUCUGACAGUGAAGAAAAGGACGGAUAAGUAAGUGAAGGAAAAGAUAUUGAAGAAAAGUCUGAAGUGAAGGAAGGACCAGGGCUGCACGCAAAAAAAGGAAAUGGAAGAAAGAACAGUAACUAUAGAAAUCCCUGAAGUUCUGAAGAAGAAGCUUGAGGAUGAUUGUUACUGUAUCAACAGGAGGAAACGGUUAGUCAAAGUUCCAUGUGAGACCAACAUCAUAACUAUUUUGGAAUCGUACGUGAAGCACUUUGCUAACAAUGCAGCCUUUUCAGCCAGUGAGAGACCUCGUCACCAUCAUGCUAUGCCACACGCCAACAUGAAUGUGCAUGAUAUCCCAGCAGAAAAGAACGUUGACCUUUGUAAGGAGAUGGUGGAUGGAUUAAGACUAACCUUUGAUUACACUCUUCCAUUGGUUUUGCUCUAUCCAUAUGAACAAGUUCAGUAUAAAAAGGUGACUUCGUCCAAAUUUUUUCUUCCGAUUACGGAAAGUCCCACAAACACUAACAGGAACCAGGAGGAGCUCUCUCCAAGCCCACCUUUAUUGAAUCCAUCCACACCACAGUCCACAGAGAGUCAGCCAACCUCAGAUGAACCAACCACCCCCAAAAGGCGCAAAGGCGAGCCGGAAGCCUUGCAGUCUCUGAGGCGGUCCACGCGCCGUUCUGCCAAUUGCGACAGGCUGUCCGAGAGCAGCGCCUCGCCUCAGCCCCAGCGCCGGCAGCAGGACAUGUCCGCCCGCAUGCCCAAGUUGUUCUUGGACCUGGAAAAGAAGACAUCUGUUCAUAGCAGAUCAUCCUCGCCUGUUCCUCUGACCCCUAGCAAGGAAAGGAGUGUGGUGUUUGCUGGCUUCGAAGGCAGAAGAACCAAAGAAAUAAAUGAGGUCCUCUCCUGGAAACUUGUACCGGGGAGUUAUCCUCCAGGUGACCAACCUCCUCCACCCUCUUACAUUUAUGGGGCGCAACAUUUGCUGCGUUUGUUUGUGAAACUUCCUGAAAUCCUUGGAAAGAUGUCCUUUUCUGAGAAGAACCUGAAGGCUUUACUGAAGCACUUUGAUCUCUUUCUGAGGUUUUUAGCCGAGUACCAUGAUGACUUCUUCCCAGAGUCUGCCUAUGUUGCUGCCUGUGAAGUGCAGAACAGCAGGAAGAACCCCAGGGCGAUUUGAUGGUCCUAGAAGAACAGCUUCUUUUUCUAUCUCUUGGUUCCCAGUAAAGAACUAGGGAGUCAGUGGACCUUCUUUACACAGAGAGCAAAUGUGACACCCUGGGGGCUCUGGCAGAGGCGGUCCAUUUGUUUGAAUUGCUUAGCUACUGGAGUUAUUUCCGUUAAGGAUUACCUCUUUGGUGCCCUGAUGGCCUCCAGCAUCUAACCCUUGCCACCAUACAUGUGAUCUAUGAUGGCAGGAAAACAGCAACUAUGUUCAAAAUGAAUCAUUCAUAAACAUGUGCUUAGGUUGCGCUGUUUCAAUAGACAAAGGUACUUGUUAGCAGUGACCAUGUCUUUUAGUUAUUUGUUAGCAUUAAACAAAAUCGUUUGGCAAACUUUUCAUUCUUGUGAUGAGGCUGAGCACCUCUGUCCCACAGAUUUUUAGUUUUGCUUGGAAACUGCAAAGUAGUCCCCAAAUAUUUUAGAGGGAAUUGAUAUUGCUGGCAAAAGAAAAUUUGCAGCUAUACAUUUGCUUGUUACAGUUCUUUUUCUAUAAAACCUUGUUGUUGGUGAUCUAAAUAAAGCAUUGCCUGAAUGUCUUAA